AUGCGCGCAGAGAGGCGACAUUUCACACCUGAGUACAAUGAAGGAUCUGGUAGUCCACCCAAGAAGGAUCCAGAUAAAGCUCUGAGCUGCGAAUCCGAUCCCAAUCGUGGUGGUGAAGCGCCUAAGCACGUUAGGAUGCCGUCGCUGCCAACCAUAUCCGAGUUCAAUGACGGUUAUGCUGAACCGCCCACGAAAGAUCCUGACAAGGCCUUAUAUAUGAAUAAGCGUCCGGGAGAUGCCCGAGAGUAUGAGUCUGAAGAGACUCUAGAGGCCGAAUGUUCGCGAGAGAUCGAGUUCCAAGGGGACACUUUCGCAGUUGAAAAUCCAGAUGGAAUUUAUGUCGUUUGCGAUGACAUGAUCGCAUUUUUUGAAGUCAAACACGAGUCUAAGGUGACUCCAGAGGCCGAAAGUAUACGAGAUGCCAAGCUCCACAGUGACAUCCUCACACUUGAAAUGCCGGAAGGCACCUAUAUCAUUUGCGAUGAUGAGAUCGCCCUGUUCGAAGUCAAUGGCGAGUCUGAACCAAGCAGAAAGUCGAACAUUGCACGAGUCCUGGACUCAGCCCAAGAGGACAGUGAGCACGAGCAUAAAGAGCCAAGGCCUCCCGGCCUCAACGAUGAGCUCAAUUGUUGUUCCACAUUGUGUACCGACUUCCGCCGCGAGGUUUCCGUGCUUGAGACGCCAGAGGGCAUCUAUGUCAUCCACGGUGGCCUUGUGAUUCUUUUUGAAGUUGCCCAAGCCGCGGAGCGCGAAAUCCAGUUCAGACCCAGCCUAGCGCAAGAUGGGACCGAGUUCAAGGCUAAAUCAGAGCCAAAGUCCCUCAGCCUCAGCGAUGAGCUUAGUUCGAUGCCGAUUUCAGUCACUCUUACGCGCGAGUUGAAUAGAGAACAGGAUUAUGAUUUGAUCGACAAAGAUGCUAACAUACAUGAUGUAUUCGACGCAAUGAACGGCCCUACCUCCCGGAAUCUCGUUAGCGCUGGUCCUGGCAAUGGAGCACCCCAGCCCCCAAAGACCCCACGUUCCCCCGACCUAGUCGAUGACGGCUAUGAAUGCCGACCUGAGAAAGACCCCGACAAGGUCUCAAACAUGAAUAAACGUCCGGGAAAUGGCCCAGCCCGAGAACAAGAGUCAGAGGAGACUCCAGAGGUCAAAUGUUUGCGUGGUGUUGAGUCCCAAGGUGACACCCACAUACUCGCGAUGCCGGAGGGCAUCUUUUCUUUCCAAGCAUAA